CAGCACAUGUUACAGCCGCCUGGGUGGGGAGAAGUCCGUGCAACCUUGGCAGCUUAUCCGCCUCCUCCCGCAGCACAAUACGUGGAGGAUCCGGCAUGAGGAUAACACUGCCUUAAUGUCACCCCUGUGCGGUGUCAGGAGCCAGGAGGAGGGGGCGCUGCGGAGACCCCAAGUGCCCGGCCGGGGGAAUAUGCCACGCAGGCAGGAGUAAAGCAGCAGGACACGGGGACCAUCACAGGAGCCUGAGUGCCGGACUACUCACAAGAUGAGGCGCUACUUGCGCGGAAGCGGCCGCGCUCUGGCUUUUAUAUUCAUCGCCUCGGUCACCUGGCUCCUGUUUGACAUGGCGGUACUCAGGAUCACUUUUAAUGAGAGCAAUAGCAAAGAGCUGCAGUCCGACGAGCUGAUGCGCAGAGAGCUGGGCUUGGGGCAGGGGAAGAAGGCAAGGGCUAGGUGGAACAGGAUCAAGCAGCCCCUCUGGGACGAGAACACUACUAAAUUAAAAGGGGUAUUCCUUCCUCCUGCAGGGGAUGAGCCCAAACUCUGGCCAAGACACAGAAAAGGAACCGUCAGACCCCUAAAGGUGCUGCUCAAUAACACUCUUGCACCCCCUGACAACUUGGCAAAGGGCAAAUCUGAACACAUUGACAGGCACGACCAGGGGGGCUUACAUGGAGAUUUCAACUCUUUCAACCAGCAUGGGGCAAAGGACAAGUCUAAUGAGCUUCCCAUUCCCACCCCUGUCCCUGGAGCCAAUGCCAUUGAAUAUAGGAAAGGGGCACAUGACAGCGGUAAGGCUGGGGGGCAAAAUGUGGAGAACAUUUUUGGCUCUGAAGUUCAAGGGGCAGGGGGUGUGAAGGCUGCUCCCUUGGAGGGAAUGCAAGAAAAGGAUCAGAGUAAAGAGGUUGCAGGGAAUGUUCAGGGGCCCCUUGCUGGGGCAUUACAACAGGAAGGAGGAACAAUAGAGAAGGAGCAGAUGAAAGAAAAUGCAGGGAAUAUACAGGGGGGCUUUAGUGACACAUUAAAUGAGGAAGCAAUAAAAGAGAAUGAACAGAUUAAAGAGGGUGCAGUGGAUUCACAGGGGGCCCUCAGUGACACAUUAAACGAGGAGAGAAUUAAAAAGAAGGAGCAGAUUAAAGAAGGUGCAGUGGAUUCACAGGGAGCCAUCGGUGACACAUUAAAUGAGGGAAUAAAAGAGAAGGCGCAGAUUAAAGAAGGUGCAGUGGAUUCACAGGGAGCCCUCAGUGACACAUUAAAUGAGGACGGUAUAAAAGAGAAGGUGCAGAUUAAAGAGAGCGCAGUGGAUUCACAGGGGCCUCUCGGUGACACAUUACAUCAGGAGGGUAUAAAAGAGCAUGUUAAAGGGGACAUAGAUAAUGUACAGGUUCCCCUCAAUGACACAUUACAUCAGGCUGAUAUGAAAGAGCAGAAGCCAGGUAAAUGGGUUGAAAGGGAUGCACAGGGACCCAUCACUGUGAUAUUAUCCCAGGUGGAAACAAAAGAUAAAUUGCCAAGUAAAGAGGAUGCACAGGGUCCCAUUCCUCUCUCAUUACACCUGGAGGACAAUAAGGACCCACAUAAAGAUGUUCCAUUGCACAAAGAGGAAAACAAAAAUAAAGAGCCAAGUAAAAAUCUAUCUCCUUCAGACACCCAGAAGCAUCCUCUGGUCCCCAACCAAAAGCAGGACAUGGUCAUGAUUGUCAAUAAGUUAAACUCUUCUGUAGUCUCAGCAAAUGCAGUUAAUUUGACUCAGAGCAUACCAGAGAGGGCAGCAAAUAAAACAGCAGCAGCUCUUGCACCAAUCAGAGCAAAUGUAACCAAGGUCCCGGGAAAGCCUGAAAAGAUCCCAUCCUUAUCUGUAAAGAAAAGUGCCAACGUCUCCAGAUCUCUCAGUUUUACAGAGGGUGUUCUUGUUAAUUCUGUUAAAGCCGAACAGAUCAAGAGGAAUAUCACACAGCUGACUGAUUUAAAAAAAGAGGAGAAUGUGAGGGAUAACCUAGUGCCACAGGGCGAUGCACCAAAGGACAAUAAGACAGUAACACAAUGGAGUACCAAGUUGCACAAGGUUCAGUUAAUAGACAGGACGGUGGAUCCUAGGGAUUCCAAUGCUCCAGGACAAUUUGGGAGAGGUGUGGCUGUCCCUGAGGGCAAACAGGAGGAGGCUCAAAGCAGGUGGAAAGAAGGAAACUUUAAUGUCUAUCUGAGUGAUCUUAUCCCAUUGGACCGUGCCAUUGAUGAUACCAGGCCUAGAGGGUGUUCGGAACAACUGAUUCACGAUGACCUCCCCACCACCAGCAUCAUUAUAUGUUUUGUUGAUGAAGUCUGGUCGACGCUCCUCAGAUCUGUUUAUAGUGUACUGAACAGAUCACCAGAGCAUCUUGUCAAAGAAAUCAUUCUUGUAGACGAUUUCAGCACGAGAGACUACCUCAAAGAAAAGUUAGACACAUAUGUGAAGAAGCUUCGCAAAGUCCGGGUUCUUCAUCUCCCUGAAAGACAUGGACUAAUUCGUGCAAGGAUUGCGGGGGCCAAUAUUGCCACAGGAGACGUUCUGACAUUCCUUGACUCCCAUAUAGAAUGCAAUGUUGGGUGGCUGGAACCACUUUUGGAGCAAGUUCGAAUAAAUAGGAAAAAAGUAGCAUGCCCAGUGAUUGAAGUUGUUAGCGCUCUGGACAUGAGCUAUAUAACAGUAGAGAACUUCCAAAGAGGCGUAUUCACCUGGCCCUUAAAUUUUGGCUGGAAGCGCAUGUUACCAGAAGUAAUUCGAAGAGAUAAAAUAACAGAGAUGGAUCCGAUAAAGUGCCCAGUCAUGGCCGGAGGAUUGUUCUCCAUUGAAAAGAAUUAUUUCUAUGAACUUGGUACCUAUGACCCUGGAUUGGAUGUUUGGGGGGGAGAAAAUAUGGAAAUAUCAUUUAAGAUAUGGAUGUGCGGAGGGGAAAUUGAGAUCAUUCCUUGCUCCAGGGUUGGCCAUAUAUUCAGAAACGACAAUCCAUAUUCGUUCCCGAAAAAUCGUGUCAGGACGGUGGAGAGGAACUUGGUACGUGUUGCCGAGGUUUGGUUGGACGAGUACAAGGAGAUAUUCUACGGCCAUGGGCAGCACCUCCUUCAGUAUCUCACUGAUAUUGGGGACCUGACGGAGCAAAAGCAGCUCAGAGAGAAACUCCAGUGCAAAAGCUUCAGUUGGUACAUCGAGAAUGUGUUUCCAGACAUGGGAACUCCGCUGCUCAGGGCCACUGGAAUGUUGUCAAAUCCAAAGCUUAGGAAAUGCCUUGCCAUCGAAAACAACUCUUUUGUCCUUGACUCCUGUGAUGGAAGCAAAAAGAGCCAGCAGUUUAACUAUACCUGGUUACGGCUAAUCAGACAAGGGGAUCUCUGUAUCACUCCUGUUGAGAAUGAGGAGAGACUGACCCUCCAGCCCUGUGACUUUACAAAUGUUUAUCAGAGGUGGCUGCACAAAUCCCAGAUCAGUUUCCACGCAACUCUGCAAGAUCACAUUUUGCUGGAUAGCACUUUUGUAACAUGUCUUGAAGCGGAUCCGGGUAGUGGCGGCCUGGCAGCGAGAGAAUGUAACUCAUUAAAACAUUACCAGAAGUGGCGUUUCGAGAGGUACCUUGUUCAGUGAAGAGGACGCAACUACCCCGAGAAUUAAUUUAUUAUCUGCUGUCAGAUGAUGUGCACACACCUUACUUUUUACUGAAGCCCAGAGAAUAUAUUUUUGUAUGACCAGCUUCUUUUACAUGUGAUCGGAUGUUUACAAUUGAGUUUGAGCCUUACAGCGUGAGCCUCAAGGAUAAGACUUAUGCCAAAUAGAGAUGCACCCAGAAAAAUAUGGGGCACGGCUAAAGAUUCUAAUGGAGAACUGGAUAAAAUGCAACUUUGCUCUACCCGGGGUCUGGUGGGAUGUUUUAUAGACUGUAAGUUUGUAUGUGUCUGUUACAUAAUUUUCUAAUUUAAUAAUAAUAAUGAAUAUGUAUGUGUACAGUAUAUGAGCAUACAGGGUUGACAUAGAUAAAGUAUAAAUAAUAGAAUCCUCAGUGGGACUAGGGCAAGAGCAAAUACACAUGGUACGAAAAACGAAGGCUUGUUUUUAUCGGCUACAUUUUAUGCCGCUUUGCAGCUGCAGUUUAAGGAGAACUAAGCCUUAUACUGGCUAGAAAUGCUGUAUUUUAUAUAAAUGUAUUUAUUGUACCAGCUCAGAUGUUCAACAGCCCUAUAUCAGUAAUGAUCCAAGCCAUCAAAGUUGAACACAGUAGCUCCCCAUCUUGGAUCUUGUUCGACCAUCUUUUGAGUGCUAUACUGCACAUGCUCAGUGUGCUUUGGGCAGCUCUUGAAAAGCUGAACUUAGGGAUCGUCAGAAAUCAUCAAGCAGAAAAUUAGCUGAUGCUGCAUUAUUCAAUUUGGGUGAAAAAUGCACUGGUUUCUGCGCUGCCAUGUAUUGUGAAUCUGAAUUAAUUAUUAAUUAGCCUUGUAUUGUGACCUUUAUUUUUUAUAUAUACAGUAUAUUAUGAGACACUCCCUAAGCUCAGUGAGAGAAGCCCAGAGCAUGUGCAGUAAAAGCAGGAAAGAAGAUGUGAAGCUACUGGGGAUAUAUUCAGAGAUCUGUACUACUAAAGGACUGUGGUGGCAUUUGUUUGGUACAGAAUCCCAAAACAAUGUGCAGCAUUUCUAUUCUACUUCUUUGUUAAGAUUUAGUUCUCCUUUAAACUUCGUUAAGCUGUGGUUUUAAGGGGACACUAUCGUCAAAUAAAAGUAUUUUAUGUGCACCUAUAAAUGCUCUCAAAUUGUGAUUAGAUAAUUAGAUUUUCUGUACUUUGCUGAUUUCAAUACCCCAGCAAUCCAUGACCCACCACAAGAGUUACAACAAAAAUCACUGGUUGUCGUGUGGAUCUGGUUAACCCCAAAUUGGGCUGACGGACCAACAAUCUGAUCAUAAAUUUUGGGCCUACAGACAGCCAUUUGAUGAGAACUGCAUCAACCAAUGCACUCUUUGUCUGACAGGAUUUUUAAACCUACCAGAUUGCUAUAAGAUAUUGGCCCAUACAGAUAAACUGCAGACACAGUCUAUAGGGGUUGAAUCAGCAGCUUUAAUCAAAUUAAAUCGUAUGUCCAACUUAAAGGAAUAGUUCAGUAUGAAAAUAAAAACUGGGUAAAUAGAUAGCCUGUGCAAAAUAAAAAAUGUUUCUAAUAUAGUUAGUU